AUGAACUUUGCUGUUCCUCCAAGGUCCGUACCCAUCGAGAGCAUCAUCCAGUCGACGGAGCCAGCCCUCAGACACCUUACCAAGACAGCAGCCAACGACGUCCGCAUCAAGAUGAAUGAAGUCCUCCGCAAGGCUCGCCCAGCUAAACCUAAUCUGACCAAAACAGAGCGGUUCGCUGUCAUUGACCUCCGCCGAGACAACUCCAUCCACAUCCUCACAGCGGACAAGGGCAACGCCACCGUCGUCAUGGACAGGGAGGACUACAGCAACAUGGUAAAAGACAUACUUUCUUCUGGUUCAUACCGCCCACUCCCCAAGAACUCCAUCCCCGCCAUCGAGAAGCGAGUUGCCAGCCAACUUCUCCUCUUGCAUCGAGCAGAUGCAUUAUCCACCUCCUCUACAGACGACUCAGACCCUCCAGUUGGAUCUGUCCCAGGUUCUUUGUUGUUUUCAGUGGCAAGGCAAUUUCUACGAGCAAACGGCUGGGACCUCCAUAGGAUCUCCUUUAUCCCCAUCUUCAUGGAGGAGUUCGAGUCUUCCUCCCUCCUCACAGUGGAUCUUCGGCCGAGCCUGUGGCUACGCUACGUUGAUGAAACCUUCGUAGUGUGGCCCCAUGGCCCGGACACACUCCAAGACUUCCUCCAGUACAUCAACAAGCAACACACCAGCAUCAGCUUCACCAUGGAACAAGAACAGCACGGCACCAUUCCUUUCCUGGACGUCAAGAUCUCCAGGAAUCCUGAUGGCACCCUGGGACAUAGCGUCUACAUGAAACCAACCCACACCGACCGCUAUCUCUACCAGCGGUCGUUUCAUCACCCCCAGCAUCAAGUCAUCGGUCAACCGCACCCUAGUCCAGCUUCUCAUCAUCUGCAACGCAUCCUCCGACAAGCCGGCGUCAAGGUGUACCACUCAUCUGGCAACAAGCUCCAAGGCAGCCUCCAUACUCACAAGGACAAUCAGGACUCCUCUUCCAAGGCGGGAGUCUACCGCAUUCCAUGUGAAUGCGUCAAAGUCUACAUCGGCGAAACCGAUCUGAUGUCACCAGAAAGGUGUGCGGGAAGCACUCCGAUUUCACCUGACACGAUAUUGAUGUGCACUAAUCAGAUUCACGAAGGGAGUCACGUGAUUCAAACUUGA